AAUAAAUAAAAACAAUAAAAAUGUUUUGCGAAAGUAAUGGCAAAAACUGAAAACGGCAAGUGAAGUCAAUUCCAUUGAUGAGUAAUCCAACCACGCCCAGGAUCCCAAACCAAAAUGACCGGGGACUUUGGCAACAGUCAGUUCGUGUCGAAUAACGCGAAUGCCAGCUGCAGUGCAUCCCGUUGGCUGACGGAGGAAGUCUUCAAACUGAUCGAUGUUGUGCAACGGGAUGAGGCCAUCUACAAUCCCAGGCACAAGUAUUACUUCUGCCGCCCGUACGUGGAGAACUUUUGGAGGGAGGUCGACCUGAAGCUGGAGAAAAAUCCCGGCGCCAGUCUUGCCAAAUGGACAAAUUUGCGCAUUUCGUUUCGGCGAGAGUAUACCAACUAUCUGGAGGAGAAAGUUCCUCCCUGCUGGUCGUACUUCGAUCGUAUGUUCUUUCUGCAUCCGUAUCUCCGCAAGAAGCAUCAGCAGCCCAAAUCGCUGGACACCCAGGUGCAGGACGCCCUGGCGCAUCUCUCCAGCCUGUCGAAUCGCAUGCAAAGAGAGCGCACCGUGACCACCAUCGGCACCACCACCAGCAGCAGCAACACCAACCAGCCGACACCCUCGUCACUGCAGAGUCCCCAGCCGCAGCCGCUGGACAACUAUUUGGACUACUUUGACGAGAAUGAGCAAAAUAAUUCGGAGCUGGAGGACCUCAUGGAGGAGGAGGGACGCAAUCGGUACCACAACCAGCUGGACAGCAACGAUAUCAAGUCCGAAUGCGAGGAGCCGGUCGAUGAGUUCGACCAGGAGACCCCAGACCAUGACGAAGACGAACACGAGGAUCAUGAGAUGCAUAAAAUUGCACCCACUUCCAGUGUGGCGGCGGCUGUGGCUACCUCGACCGCGGCCGAGGCACACAGACGUUAUGGCGCUCAGCAGCCACACAACAGCAAUCGGAUGCAUCAUAAUCGCCUCCAGAUACGCGCCUACCAGGACGAAGGGCGUGGCAGUCGUCCACGCUCGCAGGAGCUGCCAACGCCCGCUGCAGCUGCUCCAGUUUCAGGAGUCAAUUUCCCUGCACAGCCCACGACUCAUUUGAACAUUUCCUUUGUACGUCCAACGUUUAGCAAGCCCGUGGAUCUAGUCAGCACCACAACGCACAGCGGCGGAGCUGUUCCAGGGACUCUCGCACCAUCCGAUAUGGAACUACCAACUCCAUCGAAUUUAGCCACUGGAGGAGCUACACCCAUGGUGGGCACAAUGGCCAGCAGCAGCAGUGGCAGUGGCUACAUGAGCCAGCGGCAUCUGCACAACCAUCAUCAGGCGGCGCCGUCGCUGCGCCUGGAGGCAAACAACUCGGCUGGACCGGUAGCGAAUGGAGGCGGCGGCGUGGAUUUGUGCGACUGCAAGACCGAUUCCGAUGCCAUGUUCCUGAUGAGUCUGCUGCCGGACAUACAGAAGCUGAAUGGGCGCGAUCGUGGCAAGAUUAAGAUUGCUUUCCAGAACAUACUGCAGGACUAUCUAUAUCCAGACUAGGCGUGGCCAUAAGUUACGAUCUCUCUCCACACACACACACACACACAUAC